CCGGGGCAGUUUUAUACUGGUUGCGCUCUCAUGUUAUCGGGAAGGGAGGCGCAGGUGCAGCUGUCCGGUGGUGGCGACAGUCCUUUGGCCUACUUAGGCCCCUCGAUUCUGGUGGACACAAUCCAGGACUCAGCUGAGCAAGAAAAGAGGACAUGGCGGAGACUGAGAGCAGCGGCUCGGUGCAUGAGACUCGCUUCGAGGCGGCUGUAAAGGUGAUUCAGAGCUUGCCCAAAAAUGGAUCAUUCCAACCAACAAAUGAAAUGAUGCUCAAGUUCUAUAGCUUUUAUAAGCAAGCAACCCAAGGACCUUGUAAUAUUCCAAGACCUGGAUUCUGGGACCCUAUUGGUCGAUAUAAAUGGGAUGCUUGGAAUGCUUUAGGGGAUAUGCCUAAAGAAGACGCUAUGAUUGCCUACGUUGAAGAGAUGAAAAAGAUUCUUGAAACUAUGCCAAUGACGGAGAAGGUUGAAGAACUGCUGCAUGUAUUAGGUCCAUUCUAUGAAAUUGUAGAAGACAAAAAGAACAGGGGAUCUGGCAUCAUAUCAGGCCCUGGAACGGCCGUAACGUCUGUGCCAGCUGUGAAUGGUAAAUCUGAGAGCAGUGACAGUGGAGCAGAGUCAGAGGAGGAAGUAGUCCAGGAAGAAACAGAAGAAUUAAAGGAGACUGUAGAAGAAAGUAAAACUAUGGAAGAGGAAUCCGCUGUAGUUAAGGAAUUGGACAGCGGUGUUACCAAUGGCGGUUAUGAUGAUGACAUCCCUAAUUCUGACUUGGCCAAUGGCAUACAGACCAAAUCUGCCCUAAACGGUAUAAAUGAGGAUGAAGAAAUUAAGAAGAAAGACAAAUGCCUCGAACUACCUAUCAGACCUCUUUUUGGCUCUUAUCACCAAGGUGUCACUGAGGAUACCGCUGAAGAGGUCUCUGGAAUUCAGCACCUGACAAGUGAUUCAGAUAGCGAAGUUUACUGUGAUUCUAUGGAGCAAUUUGGACAAGAAGAGCUCUUGGAAAUCCGCACACCAAACAAAGAACCUUCAGAGCAUCACUUCCAUUUCUCAGAAGUUGAUCGUGGGAGUCUGCUAGAAACGGCUGGUUUUCUUGAACCUGGAAACUGCAAGUCAGAAGGUAUGAAGGGGGCUGCAGUUGAAGGAAAAGGUGAAGUCAAGUGUGGAGGUGAAGACGGCAAAGCAAGUGAUGGAGGCCCUCACAAAGAGAAGAAAGGGGCUGAAAACGUCGAUUUCUACGGAAUCAGAAGAGGGAGAGGGCACAGAAUGCACCCUGUGGGUGAUGGCUCCCAAGGUGGGCAUAUGGGCAGUGGAGGAGACGGGGAACGAUGGGGUUCAGACAGAGGGCCGAGGAGCAGCCUCAGUGAACAGAUUGCAGUAGUGCUCAUACGGUUACAAGAAGACAUGCAAAAUGUCUUUCAGAGACUAAAUACGUUGGAGACACUGACUGCUUCACAGACGAGAAAUGAAACUCUGCAUUCAAACAAGCAGUCUGCUUCACCUGUUAAGAGACCAUCAUGGUGGCCUUUUGAAAUUUCUCCUGGUACUUUAGCCUUUGCUAUUUUAUGGCCCUUUAUUGCCCAGUGGCUGGUACACACAUAUCGCCAAAGAAGGAGAAGAAAAGAGAUCUGAGUGUUCAGUUCCUGAUUCUGAAUAAGGACUGCUAAUAUGGGAAGACUCUGGAAGGAGAAAUAAUACAUCAAAGCACCGAGAAGAGCUGCAGGAUGCAGGAUGGCUCAGUCUUCCUUCUGUUGCAUUCUUUCCCCCACCUUUUGCACUACCUGAGAUAAGAUACUUGAAUGAUCCAUUGAUCUUAGGUAACAAGUAAAAUAAACACAGCUACCCCAUCCUGCAGUCACAUGACCCUUAAGUUAAUUGUUUUGGAAUGUAUACUUUCUGGACAAAUGAUCUGAAAGAUUUUAUCGCACCCUUCAGUGUUUUUGGCUUUAGAAAGAAAUAACUGAAUGAAAAGUAUAUGUAAAUUGUCACUUUAACAUGACUUAUUUUUAUGAUUUCUCUCAAGACUUUCGACAUAGCAUACAAACAUGCAAGAAAAGGAAACUGUCUGGACAAAAUAGUUGGAUUGUAUGGCUGCACUUAAAAUUUCAAGAGGUUUAACUUAUUGCUGCUUAGAUAAAUGAGAGGGUUUUUAAAAAAGUAAAUAAACUGGAAUCACAUGUUUAACCAUACAUUUUACUUAAGCAGGUACCAUCAUCAAUGUAGCUGUUUAAAAACUUAGUAACCCAGCACCUUGCAUUUUAAAACAGCAGACUGGGGCUGAAUGAUAGAUACAUAACAGCCAUGUAUAGAGGACACGAUCCAGAAAAAAAAUGAGCCUGCUACCCCAAAGCGAUACUGAAAUCAGCAGGAAUUCAACGUACAGCUCCACUGAUUUCAGUAAGACUUGGGUAUGUCUAGAUUGCAUCAAGAGACAGCAGUGUGCUUUAGCAGAAGUAUGUCAUGAUUGAACAUUUAAUUUUGAUUUAUCCAUACAAAAGGUGCUAAAAAACUACCUGCAUGUAGCUGCCUCAGUAGGUGGGUGGGAGCCAGCUUCAGCAAAUGAAUGGGUUGCAGUGCUGCUGGGAUCGCUUGUAUCCAGCCCCUAAAACUGCAAGCACCACUUGUAUUACCCAUCCCAGAACUAAUGUCUACAAACAGGAUGUCGUGAGAAGCCUAUACAAGCUGGCCCAGUGCUCACUGGCAAUGAUAAACCUUUGUUGGGACUGUCGACGGUGGCUCAGACAGCUGAAAGCUGAUACAAGAGCAUUCUUUCUAGACAAAUAAAAAAUCCUUUCACUUUGGGGAAGAGUCUGACAUCUAUGAGAAAGGCUUUUCUUUUUCUGACCCCUUUUAAAAGUAGAGGCGUAGUCAAGAAUGUUAACUCCCGACUGCCCUCUCGAAGGAUACAGCCCAAACACAGUUUAAUGCCUCAGUGUCAAUUACUGAGAAAGGGAAAACUGGUGUGAAAAUAAGUGGCUCCAUCCUGCUCCCUUAACCAGUGUCCAGCACUGUCACAUUUGGCCCCUUGAGUAUGCUCAAUGAGGCCAUUCUUUAAUUUAAUUCUAUACUAUUAUUUAUUCUAUACUAUUAUUAUUAUCUAAUCUUUUCCAUGCCAUGACCCCUGGUUCUCUUUCCUGUAAAUGCUUUUCAAGGUUAACCUUACCACUGUCACUUUAUUACGUUUGCACCUAUCGCUUUUAUUGACCAGAUACAUAUUUGAAUGUAACAGCCUGUUUAGUUACAAUAUCUCUAGGAAAAGGGGGAAAUAGUACUAUUUCUUUAUAUGAAAAAAAUCGACCUAGAGACAGUGAUUGUGUUUCAGAUACUAAUAGUAGUACACGUGCCAGAUCCAUUGAAGUACAGCCACAUUGCUGAAACUACUUAUGCCCAAAUGAGCCUGCUAUGGAGUAAGUAAUUUCUGGAUCAUGAAAUGUUCUGCGCUGUAUAAUUCUUUCAAGACCAACAUUACAAGAAGCGAGUUGGAAAGGUUCUCUCUGAUAUAAGGUCUUCAAGUUGGGAUAGAAAUCUUCCUUUCUGUUAUAUGCUGUACAAAUAAUGUAAUUACCAGAGACGUUGCUGCCUUGUUUAAUAGAACAUGAUUUAAUCUUUAAAGUAUUCAUUUGUCUUAAUCUGUUGUAAAUAACAUUUUAACAAAUAAAGAAUGACAAAUGUA